AUAAACAAAAAUGGUGCCAUACAUUAUCUUACAUGCACCUUAUCGAACUUAAAAUUCCCUUAUAAAUAGAUUCGACCAAUACAGUCGCUAUUUGCACCCGCUCGUGUGAUUGUUCUGAUAUUCACUCGAAAUAUUUAGACUUUGGCAUAAAAUAUAAUUUUAAAAUGCUAAGGUAUUUUAUUCUCGUUGUUUCAUGCGUCACUUUAGCAUCAGCCCAAUCCGAAGUAACAAUCAGUUUGUCUGCAACAGAGUUGCUUAAUUACGAUGGCUUUUCCGGAUGUGACACUGUAAUUACGAUUUUCUGUUCAUCUACUGCAUCCCCGUGGACACAGUGCGGAGCGGUUGAAAUGAUACCGGACAAUAUGAACCCCGUUUUCCCAGAGAGAUUCACUUUCCCUUAUGCAAUAGGAACGGGCCAGCAAUGGCGCUUUGAACUUGUUGACCGCGAUGUCCAGUUCGACGACCCUAUUGGCACCGUGAUCAUCUCUGUGGACGAGUAUAUGCAAACUAUCACGACCGGAGGGACCAUGACGAGGAGAGCAGAUAUAAAUCGACACGGAUACCUUCAUGUUAAGAGGGAAUCGUGAUUCUGUAAUUGAAAUCAGUUUUACACUUAUAUUUUAUGUACAACCAUUUCAAUAAAAUUUCAAGUGUAAUGCU